UUUUUUUUGGCCGUCACCUUCCUCGUACCCGUACCGGAGGAGGUUGGGAAGUUGCAACCCACCUGUAAAGAGGAUGCGUUAAGGAAAGAAGCUAGAAAUCUUGGUCCCGAUUUCUCUCUUCCUUUACCUACUUUCCCAUCUUUUCUCCUCCCUCCUCAUACUUUUCUUUUUUCCUGAUAUCUACAAGGUUGUUCUCGACACCAACUGUCCGUGCUAUCUUGAACAGCCGCACUAAUUGGUUUGGUGGAACAAACUGAUAAGCCUAAGACAUUUGGAAAUGUAAGUCCUCAUUAGACUACAUUCCUCGCUUAACCAUUUAUAUUAAUCAGAUUUCAGUUUUUGGAGGAGGAAAAGGAAGAUAACUGACAGAAUAGGCGGCGUCGGUGUGUGUGUGUAUGAGAGAGAGAGAGAGAGAGAGAGCUUGUCUCAAACUCGGCCACUUACCUCAUUCCGCAUUCCAAUAUUCUCGAGCCUCGUCCAUAUUUGGACUGAACUUAAUCAAAAUGCGACCCAGCCAAUUUCAACCACUUCUUCUCUCAUUACUCCUUCCCCUCGUCGUUGCUCACCCGUAUCCUCAAGCUGUCGUUAAAAAGGAUGCCGUCGCUUACACCACUACCUGGACCGAGACGAGAACCUACACUAGCACUAUCAGCUCAUUCCUAGGCGACUCGACCGCACCGGCAGGAGGGUCAGGCGAGCGCUGUUCACCACCCCCAGGAUCAGGGCAGAUCGCCUGUGGCCCCAUUUGCUGCGCGAAUUGGCAGUACUGCGCCUUCGACGGCCAAUGCUUGGCAAACGGUGGCGGUUCCUGGACUCAAUGGACCACUGUCGGCGUCGUCACCACUCAGUACUCGGCUCCUUAUAGGGUUACUAGUGGUAGCACCGUUAUAGAGACCACCCCACCGACUACUACCGGCACCGCAGCCAGCGAGACUGCUUCGGCUACAACCACACCGGCUCCCGUCGCAACUACAAGCGGCUCGUUGAGCGGAGGUGCAAUUGCCGGUAUCGUUGUUGGUACGAUUGCUGGUGUAGUUCUACUACUGCUACUAUGUUUCUGCUGCAUCGUUAGAGGCCUCUGGGGUACGUUCGCCGGCCUUUUUGGCGGAGGGAAGAAGAAACGAGAGACGGAACGAAUCGAGAUCAUCGAAGAAGGAUACUCGAGGCGCGGAAGUAGACACGGUAGUACAUACGCUGCAGGUGCAGGUGCAGGUGCAGGUGCAAGUGCAGCACGACCAGUUCACCGGACUUGGUUCGGAGGUGGAGGUGGUGGAGGUCGACCCACGUCAGCCGCCGCUAGAAAAGAGAAGAAAUCGGGAGGCGGAGCGGGCUGGUUGGCCGCCGGCCUAGGCGCAACCGCGCUACUUCUGGGCCUGAAGAGAAGCGACAAGCAGCGCAGGACUAGCAGGGAGAAGCCUCCCCGAGGCGAAAGCGACUUUAGUAGUUCGUACUACACCGACUCAUACACUGCAAGCAGCCCUAGUAGUUUAAGCUCGGAUAGGAGAACACGCGAUACGCGACGUUCUAGAAACUCGAGAGGAACGAGAGCUUCAAGACCUUCAAGAGUCUCCCGGGGGCCCUCGAGGAGAAGCUAAACGACCGACUCUAGCCUGUAUUUUUACGAAUCCUUUCCCUACCCGUUCGAAAUUGAGUUUAUAAUCCCCUUCGUCGCGAGAUUCUUUUUUCAUUCACACCGACAUACAUACCACGAAUACCUACCUAUACCUAUACUACAUCACUAAAACGGCGUUUCGGAACGCGGAGAUGUUUUCCUCUACCUAGACUAAUUGACGAAGGGUUGCAACGAGACCAACUGGAAGAUGAAAUGAAAAACGAACAACCUACGUCGACAUAUGAGUAGCAUGGAAAAUGGAUACGAACUGGGGGGAUUGAGAUGAGCCUCUGAAACUUUGUACAUAUGAAACAGAUGAUGAGGACGUAUCUCGAGGGCGGGCUGGGCAGGCUUGGUGCGAGAAAGCUAGGGGAGCUUGCCUGGAAAUGAGAUGUAUGAACGGAAUGAAUGGAUGUCUAGAUAUUUAUGAAUGGGCAUUCGGUGCCUCCGGGGGAUUCCCCCAAGGCUAUCUAAUUGAGAUGAGAUCCAACGA